AUUUAAACUAAACCAUUAGUAAAAGAUAUUAUGUAAAAAUUCCAAUGUAGUUGGGAAGGUGAUUUCAAAAUUCUAGGUUUCUAAGAUUGAUUAUUCCAUGGCUUUGAUUUUAGAGCUAGAAUAAAUGGGAAAAAAUACGUUGUGUAUUUGUUAUGGCUGACUCUGGUGACAAAGUCUUAUAAAGGAAUAUGAUAAAUGUCUUCAAGUUUAGUAGCUAUAAACAUGGAGGUGAUACCAAUAAAAUGAAGAUGAUAGUCUGAAUAUUGGGUGAUUGAUUUUUAUAGGUAGUAAUCCAUGAUGGCAACAGAUCUGAAGAAAGUAACAUCAGAUGUAGUUUCACUAUAAUUUCCGAAUACUUCAAUCAUCCAAUCAAUCAUCUUUGCUCUAAGUGAGUGGAAUAUCCUUUGAUGUUAAAGAGAAUUUCCAAGAUA